AUGGCUUCCAAAUCUACAGUACCGUAUUCUAGCCGAGCCGCUUCCCAUCCGCACCCUGUCGCCAAGAAGCUUUUCCGAAUUGCGGACAGCAAAAGGUCAAAUUUAAUUAUAUCGGCCGACUUUACCGACACGGAAAGUCUUCUGAAAUGUGCGGAUGGUAAGCACAUGUGCGCGUGCUUCGUCAUUGACUUGCUAACCCGGCCUUUACGAGCAGAGCUUGGACCCUACAUCGCAGUCUUCAAGACCCAUGUCGAUAUUAUCCAUGACUUCAGCGACAAGACUGUUUCCGGGUUAAAGGAACUUGCGGCCAAACAUGACUUCCUCAUCUUUGAAGACCGUAAAUUCGUCGACAUAGGGACGACUGUACAGAAGCAAUACCACGGCGGCGCCCUCCGCAUCUCCGAAUGGGCAGAUAUUGUUAAUGUAAGCCUUCUCGGGGGUGAUGGCGUCGUGGAUGCACUCGAGCAAGUGAUUUCCGACGAGACAUUCCCGUACCGUAACGAGAGAGGUCUGCUCUUGCUGGCCGAGAUGACAACGGCCGGCAGCCUCGCUGUUGGUGAGUACACCCAGCGCUGCGUUGACGUUGCGAGAAGGACGGGCAUGGGCGGCGCGGUGAUUGGCUUCGUAGCCAUGCGCAGCCUUGGUCCUGCAGGACUCGAUCCUAGCUUGGCCGACGAAGAUUUCGUCAUCUUCACGACGGGCGUCAACGGCAGCAAAUCGGGCAAUGUAUUGGGCCAGCGGUAUCAAACGCCCGCGGCGGCUGUUGGGGGAGGUUCCGAUUUUAUCAUUGCUGGGAGAGGCAUUUAUUCCGCGGAGGAUCGUGUCCAGGCUGCAAAGCAAUACCAGGAAGAGGGCUGGGCGGCCUAUGAGGCUCGGAUCUCGAUGUAG